ACUAUUGUUCCGCCACUAAUAUGAACAAUAAUAUGAAAGUCCAAGUGGAGGUCGAUCCCACAGAAGAUACUGAAUGGAAUGACAUAUUGAGACUGCAUGGUAUCAUACCUGAACGUCCCCCCUCUCCCACUGAAGAACUCGAACAGGCUCUUGAAGAGGCGGUUAGGAGACAACAUGAGAAUAGGUUGGACGGGAAAGAUCUUGAUGAAUUGGAUGAGUUAGAAGAUGAAGAAGAUGAAGAGUUUUUACAGUUCUACAAGAAUAAAAGAAUGCAGGAAAUUAAAAAGUUACUGGAAAAGAAAAAGUUUGGAUAUGUUUUACCAAUAAGUAAGAACGAGUAUGAAGAUGAAGUGACUAAAUAUUCCAAAGAAGGGUACGUGCUAGUUCACAUGUCCUUACAGUCCAAUUUGCAAAGUAGAUUAUUAGCAUCCAUAUUGCUGACCAUUGCUUCCAAGUUUCCGGAAUUAAAAGUAUGUGAUAUCCCAGCCCAAAGAUGUAUUGAGAAUUAUCCGGAAGCAAAUUGUCCCACCUUGAUAAUAUACCACAAUACCAACGUUAUCAAGCAGUAUAUAACUUUGACUCAAUUAGGUGGCAAUGCCGCUACUGUUAAGGAUAUUGAAAAGUUGUUAGUGGAAGUUAAUGCUGUUGACGUUAAUGAUAAAAGGUUAACUAUUAACCAAAUGGAUGACGAUUUGGCCGAGGAGCGUAAAACCAGGUUUAUUAAAAAGUCAGUCAGAGGAAGAUCUAACGAUUCUGGCGACGAAAGUGAUGAUUUUUACGAUUAGGAAUGUUGCAAUUUUUAUAGAGUAGACAUUAAUAGUUAUAUUAGAUCUGGGGCUGGAUCUAUAUUCACGUGAUUUGUAUUGUU